CCGAGUCUGAGGCCAGUUAGUGGGGGGCCUCCUUUCCCCCCUCUGAGCACCUGCUGGGAAAUCGAACCAGAGACGCACUUGGCCAAUGGAGGACGAAGAAGGCUACACGGUAUUAAACCUCCGGCCGAAGCAGAGACAACCAGGCUGCCCCCUGGGAGCUGGGCCACAAGAUUCCCUUCAGUGUCCCCACUGGAUUCGAAUUGCUCUAGGAGUCGGAUGGGCUGGGAAUAUUGUUUUGCUGGCAACUGUGAUAGCACUGGGCGUGCGGGUUUUCCAGUUACAAGUACCUUGUGAAGAACGAACCAGAGCAGCAGUGAAUAUCCGGCAUAGCGAUGGGGCCAGUCACAGACCCACCAAUGGAACUAAGAGUGACACUGGCCAGGAGGAUUUCCUGUCUCACUUGAAACAAUUUCUGUGUGAACCUACCUACAGCAGCUCACCAGAGGGCUCCAGCUGCAGACUCUGCCCCACGGAAUGGCUCAUGCAUGAGGGAAAAUGUUACUGGGCAUCUAAAGAGAGUCGAAUUUGGCACAAGAGCCAUGAUGAUUGCUCAGCAAAGAGUUCUCACCUCUUGGUGAUUCAGGAUCAAAAGGAGAUGGAUUUCAUAUCCAGUGUUACACAGGACACAAAUCCAGUUUGGCUGGGACUCACCAUGACAUCCCCAGAGUUGAAGUGGACCUGGCUGGACAACUCCCUUCUAGAUCAAACACUGUUCCCAGUAGUCGGCCCUGGUGAAAGGAACAGCUGUGGAGUGAUAAAAGGGAAGCAGAUUCAUUCUGAAACCUGCAAUGCUGUUGUUAAAUGGAUUUGUGAGAAGGAAGCUAUCCUGAUGUAAUCAAAGGCAUUAAUAACCCCCUAUAUGUAGAAAUGAAGCAGAAAGCAGGUUUAGUUGUAAUCUGUCACUGGUUCAAUAGUUUAAGGGAUCGUUUUUUGUGUGUUUUUUUUCAUUUCAAAGCUGGAAUAAAAAAGUUCAAAAGAAAAAUGUUGCACUCAACAGAAGUUAGGAGCCUCAAUAGCUUUGAGGAUUGGGGCCUUAAUUGCUACCUCCACUUCUAUUGCUCUGGGCCAAGAGGAGCUGGGAUUGACUCCCUGAAAAGUCUCUCACCACAUACAGGUGUGUGUGCGCAGUUGUGAAAAGUUUUGUUUUGAAAGUUUGCAUAAUGAAGAUGGAGACUGCCAGAGCAUUUAGCACUUAACUGUUGCAUUUCUUUGAGUCCAGUGUUGGAAAUAAUUUCCCAAAUAAGUUUAAGGUUACCCUGACUCACUUUCCAUCCACAUUUGCCUUUAUUAGUCCCAAAGACCACUGGAGUGGGUUACAUCAGUACAGAUAUAAGCAUAUACACCCAUAUUCUAGGCCCUAGCACCAUUGCUGUUUAAGCACCGGCCAAAAUACUUACAGUAGGUUCAGGCCCAAGAGGUAUCUUCCCAUCAGGGCCUGACACCAUAGGUGCUAGAACCAUAAGUGCUGCAGGCCCCACCUUGAAUUGGUUUUCAUUAGCUACAGAGUUUAAAGCUUCAUCCAAUGGCUCUCAGCACCCCCACUGUACAAAUUGUUCCAGCUCCCCUGCCUGACUCCAUAGGGGUACG